CUCAGUCUUAUAUACAAGUGAACCUGGACAUUCACGUGAAUUGAAACAAACAAGAGCUCAGUCUUAUAUACAAGUGAACCUGGACAUUCACGUGAAUUGAAACAAACAAGAGCUCAGUUUUAUGCAGGAAAUAAAACUAAUUUAAAAGUUUACGUGAGAAAAGAAAACAUCACAAAACUUGAUGUAGAUAUUAUUGUGAAUGCAGCAAAUCGACAUCUACGGCAUGGCGGCGGCGUGGCUAAGGCAAUUGCUUCAGCAGCUGGCCAUUCAUUAAAAAAUGAGUGCAAUUCUCAUAUUAAUACUAAUGGACCUCUCGAAGUCACUGAUGUAUUUGUGUCGAGUGGUGGGCUGCUGAAAGUAAAAUAUGUGAUGCAUGCAGUGGGACCAAGAUGGGUUGAUUAUCCAGAUAAAGACAGAUGUUUAACAGAACUGCGUAGAACUGUGGUCAGAUGUCUGGUUGAAGCAUCGAGGCUAAAGAAAGUAUCCAUAGCCAUGCCAUCGAUCAGUGCUGGUAAGCAUUUCCUAUUUUGAUACACCGUAGACAUUUUAAGAUUUUAAAGUUUUAUUAAAAUAGAAAGGUCAUUGGGUAAAUUUAGAAGAAAAAAAUUUGAAUUUAAAAUCCAAAAUGUUCUUGUGUCUUUGAAGGUUUUCAAAUGAAUUCAACCAGUUCUAAUUAUGUAUUCUUUGUGUACAUUUCUGAAUUGUAGAAACCGUUCAAAGUCCUUUUUAUUUAACUGAACAUUUUUUUUUAUUCUAACAGUUGAUAAAUACAAUAUUUCUUAAAUUAUAAAUGAAGUUUCAAUUUUUUAAUAUUUUUUUUUUUUGCAUCAAGAAAUUUAAUAAACAAAUUUCCAAAUUAUUUUCAUUUAGUUUUACUAUUAUUCAUAUUCUUAACAGCAAUUUUUAAAGUACCCAAAGAAUUAUGUGCUCACUGCUACAUGGAAGCUGUCAAAAGCUUUGAUGACUUUGCUGAUAAGUUGGGUGUUGUCCCUGUCAAGGACGUUUGGUUUGUUGAUGUUGAUGAAGAUAUGGUGAAUAUCAUACAAAAGAAGUUCGAAAAAGAAUGGCACAAACCAGUGGAUGAGAAGAUUGCUCAUGAAGAUUUCAAAUUAGCCCAGCUGCACAUGUCCAAAAAUAGUGAUGAUAAAUUUGAUGGCUCUGCUAUUGAAAAGAAAGAUCAACGGAAAUUAUCCCAUGGGACGAAGUUACUUGAUGAAAGCAAUGCACUGUUUGCCCAAGAAGAUGUGUCGACUUCAAAAAGCUAUCAAGUUAAUUCAAUACACAUUAGUAUUGUUACAAAACCAGCCACUGUUUAUAGAUCAACAAUUGUGGUGGUUGGAGAAUUAUUUGAUGAAUUAAGUGGGCUACAUGAAUUCAAUGUUAAAGAUUUAGCUAAACCUAUUCAUGAUUUACCAAUGCAAAAGGGAGAGUUUCAAUAUCUAUCACUUUCAAAACCUGAUGGAAGUCGGUCAACCUUGAUAUGUCAAUUGCAUCCAAACCCGGACAGCCCAGAUAAUGUUACCAAAGCUUUUGGGAACUUGGAUAAUGCCAAAGAAAUCCACAAGUCAGACACAGUUGUCUUUACAAGUGCAAUCUUUUAUGCCAGUAAGUGAAUUUUAUUACUUAUUUUUGAAUUGAAGUCUUACUAGCAACAUCAGAAAUAACAUACACUUUUCCACAGAUCGAGCUUUUUAAAACUAUUAUCGUGAGUGGGAUAAAUCCCUCUUCUUUAGCUACUGUGACCUUGUGUUAGACAUAACCAAUAGCAAAGAAGAUAAGCAGAUGCUAGUACAUACAAUUUUAUUUCGGCUUUCCCAGGACAUAAUUGUUUUGCAUUCCCAUCAUCUAAGCAUCUUUUAAUUUUAUUUCACAAACAUAAAACCAGGCUGUUUACCUCCAGCUCUUAAGAUUUUGCGCAAAAACUUCAACUCAAUAAAAUUUCAAUGAUCCUAGCAAUCUGUUUUUUUUUUAAAUGUGACCAAUCGUCUUAUGUUUAGCAUGAAGGUAAUAAUGACCACUAUAGGAUAUACCCACUAGAUACAGACGUGUAUGAAAAACUUAACUAGUAUAAUUAGUUAUGUCCAUAACAUCCAUAUAUUAUUUAGCCACUGAGGGAAAAGGGGGUUGUUAAUUAGGGAUAUUUUGAUACGGCUGCGUAUAGUGCACGGGGUGGGGGUUUCAGCAAAAUUCAUUACUUUAUUUAUGCUAAAAUAUUCUGCAAUAAACAUGCAGAAAUUCUGACAGACUAUAAAUAAAGCCGUCACCAAAAACAUCCAUGUCAUCUGUCAUAGUUUCCAAGGAUUAAAAAAUAUCACCCCCCCCCACAAGCCUCGUAAUUAGCGACAUAGUGUUGCUUUGCGCUUUCUCCAAGAUAGCCUCAUGGCCUCACAAGAUAUGGCAACAUUAAUAUUACAAUUUUAAGCCAUAGUUUGUUUUUGCAGAUUGGAGUUGGAGGGAGGGGGGGAUUCUCAUUUUUUUGUAAGUAUGGAGGAUAACAGGAUACUUUCUGAGGGAAACUUGAGACCCACAACCAAUGGGCACUCUCUACAAUCAACCCUUCAGUAUGUUACAUGUGUUGGAUGAAAUAGCACUGCUAGGGAAAAGUAGUAAAGAUUUAUUAAAAGCCCUUAUUGAAUUAGAAGAUGCAUCACUACAAGCAGGGCUGGAAGUUAACAACCAAAAACAAAAAAUACUUGACUAUGAUAAGAGAAGAACAGACAGAAGAAGAAACCAGACUUUUGAAAAAGUAAAUCAAUUCAAAUACCUAGGAUCUUUAUUAAAUGAAUGAAAGAAACGAAUAUCAGCCGGAAACGGGGAAUACUUCAGUAGUCAGAAAAUACUCAAAAGUAAAAAAUACAUUACAAGAGAAAGAAAGAAAACUAUUUAUGGAACUCUCAUCAGACCAGUUGUAACAUAUGCAAGUGAAACGUUGACCCUAACAAAAACGGCAGAAAACCUAUUAAACACAAGGGAGAGAAAAGUUCUCCGGAAAAUAUAUGGACCAACAAAGGAUGAAUAUGGAUGGAGAAAUGCGAACCAACCAUGAAUCCAACACUACAAGCAGAAGGCAGAAAUAAAAUGGGUGGGCUACGCUGAACAGGACAUUUAGAAAGAAUGCCAAAUGACAGGGGAGUGAAGAGGGUGCACCACCAAAACCUCAGAGGAAAACAGUUCAAAGGCAGACCUAGGCUUAGAUGGAUGGAUGAUGGGGACAAAGAUCUACAACUGCUUGGAAUCCAAACAUGGAAAAAAAUGCAUCAGUUCGGUCUGAGUGGAAGGAAAUAGAGAAGCAUGCCAAAGCCCUGCAUGGGCUGUAGCGCCACAGGGCUGGAUUGAUCAGUUGGGGGUGGGGGGGGGUAGUGACAAUUUGACUCUAUGAGUACUUGGUCACAUAAAUGAGUGAAUAUUAAUUGAAUUUUUCUCAAAGUUGGUGUCAGUGAACGUAAUUUUGACAUUUAAAUCAUGAAGGGGGCAACAUCAUUUAUUUAAUUAGUAUGAAAUCUUUAAAUUAUUUUCUUUAAUGGAUUUAUAUAAGGAUCAAUGAACACCAUUCAAAUUUGUUUUCAUUAUCGUUUUCAGAAUCCCAACAAGGACAAAAUAGUACAAAAAUUAUUUCCAGAAUUGCAUUUAAGCUUUUCGAUUUUGCUGCUGCAAUCUCUAGUACUGAUUCAGCAAUAAAGUCCAUUUUAAUUGCGACUGGUGCAGAUUACAUUCCACAAGUCAUCAAGAUAUUUGAGGAAAGGAGAGCAUCAACAACUCCACCAGGGCGAACAUCAAGAGGUUGGUUGAAUUUUAUUUUGAUGCACACAAAAGAUGUGAGCUAAAUAUUUUAAUUUUAUCGAACUCCAAAACAAAUAAAUAAAUACAUGAACACAACUAAAAUAACCAUUGCGGUAUAUGAUAAAUUUAUGAAAGUGGACACAUGAAACGCAGACACGAAGAAUGACAACAGAAGGCACCUGAUGCAAAAUGAAAAUUCUUGAAAAAAGUUUAAGCAAAACUUACAAAUGGUUCAAUUUUUCUUUUAAAGUUUAUAUGUGCUGUGAAAUAUCAGUAUGCGCCAAAAGUAAUAGUAUUGAAACUCUUGCAUCUUGAACACGUAUAAACGUCUAUGUUUUGUCAACGGCGUUUAUGAACCAGCAUAGUAGGCCUAUUGAAAAAGAUGAUAUAUUGGACAGUUGCUAAUGGGAAAUGGAUAGCUAACCAGAGGAAGAGGUAUUCACAGUUGACCAUUAUUUUCGUUCAUAUAUUCACGUGAUGAUGAAGUUGGACAAGUUUGAAACAAGUCAGCUUACACUUUUAUAAUGUGGCAAACAAACCUGUCAUUUUUGCCCCCUGCUAAUUCAGACUUACCGCCCCGAUUAAACUUAACAGUGUAAACAAAAUCUGAAAUUUUCUUAAAACUCAGGGUUUACCCUCGGUGUGUGUGAGAGAGAUAACAAAUGCUUUUUGUCUGUGACUGAGCAAGACAGGGCGAGCUGUAGGAAUGUGCGAACUAAAUGUGGAUUCUGUCCUAGGCAUUGUCUGGUGAAGCUAUCUGGUGGUUUUCGGAGAGUGUGCCCUAUCCAACCCCAUCUUCUCUUUUUGAUGUAUUCAUCAAUGGUCACCUUUAAUGUCUUUUAUGGUAGAUCUUUGUUGGUGAUGGUAUUUGAUAUUCAGGAUCUUUCUAAGGUAUGUGUUUACGAAGGUCUGUACUUUCUGCUUAACGCUCGCUGUUGUUUUCCAAGUUUCUGUUCCAUAUAGUAGGACUGUUUUGACAUUAGUGUUAAAGAUUCUGAUUUUGGUUUGCAGUUUCAGCUCCUUCGACUCCCAUAUAUUCUUUAAUAGCACAAUAAAUGCUGAUUUAUCUUUUCCAAUUCUAGCCCUUACAUCCACGUCGGAUCCCCCAUUUAUGUCGAUGGUACUGCUUAAGUAUGUGAAGGACUCCACUUCCUCCAUGGCAGUGCCUUUCAUGCCAGAGAGAUAUGCUCUUGGUUGGCUGAGUUUACCUUCAUGAUCGUUGUAUUGCUUUUAUUUAUAUUGAGUCAGAGCUGUGCUGAAAUGGUAGCUACGUCUUUUGACUUUUCCUGCAAUUGUUGCUGGUUGUGGGACAGAAAUACAAUGUCAUCUGCAAAGCCUAGGUCAAUCAGUUGUUCCCAGAGUGUCCACUGUAUCCCAUUCCUCUUUUUGUCUGUGGACAUUUUCAUUAUCCCGUCAAUGGCAUGGAUGAAUAGGAAGGGGGACAAGUGUCCACUUUAAAGACAUCUGUGACACUUCGUGGACACCCUGCAUCUCAUUUAUUUAUUAGAACUCUGAAUAAUCCUGACUAGUUUCCCCGGUACUCCAUAAUGGUGAAGAAGUUUCCACAAGGUUUGUCGGUCCAGGCUAUCAAAGGCCUUUUUGAAGUCUAUAAAAUGUAUAUAUAAGGGGAGUUCCAUUUUACAGACAACUUUAUAUUUUUCCAUUUAUGUUCUACUUGGUCAUCAGACCAUGGACUUUGUACAUUAUGUGUGGGCCACGCCAGUCAAAGGUUUUGAAAAUUUAAUCUGUUUUAAGAUUUGGCUCGUACAUUGAACAAUACGCAACAAAGGACUGAAAACUAGUAUUCAAGGAUAAAGAUACUAACAAUUUUCAAGUUAAGUUUACCGUUAAAAUUCUAUAAAAAUACAAAAUCAAAAUUACAGGAAAACAACAACAACUAGAUCUAUAUCAAUUUAUAGCAGGGCAAGUGAAAAGGUGCAAUCCUCGAAAAAUAAAAAUAUUAAUUGACACAGAUACAUAAAAAGUACAAUCUUGUAAGUACGUCUCGCAGUGUCUAGGAAAAUAGCAAAUAACUCUCCUGGUUAGGAAAACAAAACUACCGGCUUAUACAUAGAUAUAUAUGGGGAUUAAAUCAGAAGCAUCUAGAAAAGAAAUUGUAGAAAUUGCAUCAACUGCUAGCAUUCCUUAGAGCAGUUGCGGAUUUUCACAAAACGGUUAACGAAUUUUUAAAACCAUGGUUAAAAAAUACAGAAAUUAUAUAUUUUUUUAAUAAACAUAUGCGUUUGCUGGAAGUGGGUCACUUAGCCAUCCGAAUAUUUAGCCAGUCAGCCAAGAACAAAAACGAAGUUAAUAUAAAGGUCCCCUCACCUACACAUGCACGUAUAAAUCACUAAUGUCAUAAUGUAUCGAUCACAUUCAAACAUGCUCGCAAAUUAUUAAAAAGGGGACAUGUACUUCCUGUAAAAAUAACAUUAAAUCAUACACAUUAGUAUACGAAUAAUAAUGAAACAAUUACACAUAAGCAAUGAAUUUAAUACUAGAUUGGUUACAAUUUCCAAACAGUUAUUAUAGUUGAGAUGUAAUGGCAUUUAUAUUCUGCUAUACUAAGGUGCUUUCCUAAACAUCUUUCCUGGCGAAAUAGCGUAUCACAUCAUCAAAAGCAAUCGUCUUUGUAAGAUCACUCAAUACUGAGUCUUGCCAAAUCUACCGGUCGCCCCGAGACACAGUCGUUCUUGGAUACUUUUUUUUAUCAACUUUAGUUUGCUGAAUGAGGGCUCUGCACAGGUGACAAUGGCAGGAAUCUUUAAUAAGCUAUUUGAGCCAGACACAUAAUUUAUUUGGAAAUAGUCCUUCUCGCUCUUAUCUUGUCAAUCAAUUCAUUAGCUCCUUUGAACUAAGUUGGCGCAAACAGCAACGUUUGCUUGAUAAACAGAUGGUAAAUGACUUGUCUCCAUUACAAGAUCUUCCGGUAUAUUGAUCUGCUGGUGAUUUUGAUUUUAUUUUCAGUUCAUCUUGGGGAAUUGCAUGGUGCCUCCAUAGGGAGCUAAAUUUCUUAGAAAUGUUCACUACAGCAGUAAAAAAAAACAUAACAUUAUCCAGUAUUACAUAAAAAAACUUUCUGAAUAUGCUUUCUCGUGAGAUUCAUCCAUUUCAUCUUUUUUAAAAAAUUAUGCUUUUUAUGUAGCACUACACCAUUUAGCCUUAUUUAUUUUGCAUUUGGCACCCCCCCCCUCGAGUUCCAGAAAGUUUCAUUUCUAUGCACGAUUUAGAAGUAAUAUGCACAUCUUCGCUUCGCAUACUUUCCAGUUUUUCCGAAAAAUUGUCAGUUCUGAAAUCAAGCUUUUUAAGUUUCACACUUCGACAUCAAGCGUUGUAUUUCUUGACUCAAUAACCAUGCUUAAGAUAUCACCAUGAACUAUUCCUCUGUACGAUACAACAUACAUUGUCACACUAAGGAAGAAUAAGACAAAAUUUAUUAAUGCCUGUUAUUGUUUGGGCAGUUAGAUUAAAGCUCAAAAAGGUUUUCUAAUGCGAAUUCGAUACCUGGCAGGUGGUCUACAAACGGCGUUAUAGCCUCAAAACAGUCUGACAAUCAGCACUUCUAUUGCUGCCCACAGAUACUACUUACCAGCUGAGUGCUAUUUCUUAUUUUUAUUUUUAAACCGUUUUUUUCUGUUGUUUUGUUCGCUGACGAAGGCUUUCUGCCGACACGUUCGCUGUUUUGUUGCGUUUACUUUUUCAGGUUUAACCCUACUCUGUUUUACUCAUUUUAUUUUGCAAGUUUUUUCCAUCGCUUUGGACUUAAACUAAAAAAUGUGUAAACCGUUCAUUUACUGUUCCAAAGUUUGUUAUAGCUUCAUUAAUGCAUUCUGAAGCAUCAUUUACAACAUAAAUUAAAUGUGCUAGACUCUCGUGGUGAACAUAAAGCUGUUUCACAUUGCUCAAGUAUUCUUGCUUGCACACCUUUAUAUUUUCCUCCCAUGUUGGUAGCAUUGUCAUAACCCUGUGCAAAACGAUCUGCCAGUGGAAUAUCGUUUUUUCCCCCAAUGUUUCUACUAUCGUAUGUGCCAUGUCAUAUCCUGUUUUAUGCCUUGUGUCCACUAACUGAGAAAAUCUUUCUACAAUUUCAUACUGGUUUUCAUAUGCUAUAAUGUAACGCAAAAUAAAUGGUUUUGUUCAACAUAGGAUGAAUCCAGCGUGGAGCCCACAGCAACAGAAAAGUACUUGGCAGUUUUUAUGUCCUUCAAAUGUGUUUCUCUAGAAGUGAAUAACAUACAGCAUAUUAACUCGUUUUGGGAAUCGGCACUGAGAUAAUGUACCUGAAACCGUUCUCCUUUUUCUUGUGGGUCUUUAAUUUGCAACACUUGUUUUUUGUUGUUGUUUUUUUUAGAAUUAGAUCCCAAUGAGACAAAAACUCAUUCCCAGAAAAUUUUCCAAAUAUCAUUUUCAUGAAUGCGCCGGGAACUGCCAUGCAAAUCAGGUCCCCCUUUCACCAAGGAAUACUAUAUCAAUUAUUCGUUUCCUAAUGUUGUUCACCUUGACCAGAUUCUGUUUCAUGUGAUGCCUCGAAUAGAUUGUAAAUGCCUUUGUUUUGCCAGAUGACAUGCGUCUUUGUAGUUCUCGCUAAGCCAGAUAGCACUGCCUAUGACUGUUGCUUCUCUCAUUUUCUGGGAUGCAAAUACAUAUGUGUCGCCACUUUUUAGCUUCUGACCAUCCUUCUUUUGUUACAAGCAUAAGCUUAGAUGCUGAGCUAAUGCUACAACAGAUCUUAUUCGAAAAUAAUCGUCAACGAAAAAAAAAAUGCGUUCUUUAUCUUCACUCCAGACAAGCCGAUCUCAUUCAUGUUUGUACCAUUUAAACUUCGAAAUGUUAGAAUACUUUAGGAACCAGUAUGACCUGUAAUAUUAAAGCUGUAUAUGUUAAACAAGGCUGCAAGGCGGUUUGGCAAUACAAACAAAGUAUAGAGUAUGAAAUACUUAUGCAAUAUUUUGUUUUUCUUCUUUUGAAACAAUUAAUUUGGUUUUGUAAAAAAAAAAAAAAAGAAAUACUUUCCCCUUCGUGACCCCCUUUUAGUUCCAGUGGCCCCGGUUGUACCUCUUUCUCCUCAGGCCUGGUUGUAUUCAUGUGUCACAUCUUUCUGCCGGCUAUCAUUCUUAGUAGAAAGAGAGCUGUAUAUUUUUAUGAGAUUGAAACGACCUUGUGACGGACAGAAGGCCGUAUCGAAAUAUUUUAAAUUCCAUACUGUUUUAAACUUAGUUGUAGUUUGUUUAAAAGCGUUCGUAUGCUGUUAUUUUUUUCCCCCUCGUUGAGCCCGAUUGCUCGAUCCACCAAUGUUGAUAGAUGAUGGUGGACCAAAGUUUUUAGACAUUGGUGUCAAGCAAUUGAAAGUUUUCAUCCUUUUGUUGAUCAUGGACCAGCAGCCGGUAAUCAAGGAACAUUAGGUGGUUAUCCAGCAACAUCAGGUGGCUAUGCAGGAACAUCAGGUGGCUAUCCAGCUACUUCAGGUGGCUAUCCAGCAACAUCAUGCAGUUAUCCACAAAAAAACUGUGGGUUCUCCAACAGUAGCAGGCGGCUAUCAAAAUUCAUCAAGUGGCCAUGCAGCAAAGACAAGUGUUAUCAAAGAUAAAGUGUAUGCUAAUAAAGUGACUCCAGGACAGAUGUUAAUCCUCAGUAAAAAUUUGAAUAGAAUGUCGACAUCUUUUAUGUUAAGUUUCUGCAUAUACAUGUUAUAAUCUAAAAUCCAUAUCUUAUCAAGAGUGAUGUAAUACAAGAAAUACAAGGUGACACUUUAAAAAAAAAAAGUUAAAUAGAAAUGAAGCACGAUAAAUGUGUAACACGUUUUUUUCUUCUUCUGCAUUGCAGCUCUGGACUCUCCUGUGGACUCACAGGACCGCUGCUCUCUGUGUUCUGAAAGUAUAAAUAUUGAAUCACUGAAAUGCUGCCGGGAAUUGAUAUGUUCUGCUUGCUUAGGCAAACUUUCAAUUUGCCCCUUUUGUAGAGUUCCCGUUAAAAUUCUAAUAGGCAAGCAGCCUACAAAUGGAGGCAUGAGCUGCUCUUCUUCCCAAUUAGAUGUGCAUGGCUAUGAGAGGAAAGGAAGUUUGGAAAUUAACUAUUACUUUCCUGCUGGAAUCCAAGCAGUAAGAUUCCUUUCAUCGUAUAUAACGUUUUUUGUGUGUGUUCCUGUUAGGAGCUUUCAUUAUUUACUGACGCAAGUAAAGUCAAACUUGCAUACCCCCUUCCUACAUGUUGCAGCUGUUAAGUUUUGGACACCUCUCAUGCUUAUAUACGAAUUUGAAUUUUCACCCCUACCCCCCCCCAAACCCCCCCAACCCCCCAAAAAAACAACAACAACCAAAACAACAACAAACAAAGCCACAUGCUUUUGUGACGGCACAUGGCAAGCAGACCAAGUCGUCGUCGUCAUUAUUUUCAUUUCACCCCCACCCCCCCCCCAAACCCCCCCAACCCCCCAAAAAAACAACAACAACCAAAACAACAACAAACAAAGCCACAUGCUUUUGUGACGGCACAUGGCAAGCAGACCAAGUCGUCGUCGUCAUUAUUUUCUCUGGUGUCUGUUUAAAGUGGCCAAGUACUUCCCUUACUGCGCCAACGCGCCCUGGGAGGCAGCGGCUUCCUCGGUGGGGCGUCGCAAAAUAUUACCCAAUUUUCACAAUGUUCAUUUCAAUACGAUGUGACAGAUUGCGAAUUCUAGCAGAACUGGGGCAAUAAAGAAAAUCACUUGAAUAAAUUAGUGUUUUCUUAAGAGACUCCUACACAUGGUUACUAAAUGGCGCCAAGUGACCUACUUACAUGUUUUAUUUGUUUGUAGGACAUCCUGUGAUUAAAAGAAAAAAAAAAUCAAAACAACAAUACGUCGCUAUCUUGAAGUCCACCUGUUAGAGUUCGGAAACCUGGAUUCGGCCAGGGCGAAGAGACUAGGAACAGUUUGAGAAUCACUGGGCUAGUCAAACAAAAUUAUGUCACAAAUGAUGUCACGCGCACGGAAACAUACCAAUGAGAAAAGUACACGUUAAGUUGUCCUUGGGCUGUAUAUUACUGCUGUUGUCGCGAUAUUUAGUGAGUCAAUGUGUGAAAACAAAAAGGCAAUGAGAUGACGAUAAUUAUAAACACUGUGUAUUUACAUAUAUUUUUUUCAACCCUGAAAAAUAAUUAGAAUUCAUGGAUUUCCCAGUCUUUCGGGUGGCAGUUGACAUAGGCUUUUUUUUUAUAGAUUUCUCAAUAAAUAUAUCAUAAUUUAAGAAUUAAUUUCUUUAUGGUAAACCAUAGAGAAGUUUUUUUUUUUUUUUUUUUAAUGAGAUGAGGCACAACCGUUCCGAAGUCAAAGUGUGCCGACCCCUGCUCUAUUUGAUAACAUUAGUUUAUUUUAUAGAUUUCUCAAUAAAUAUAUCAUAAUUUAAGAAUUAAUUUCUUUAUGGUAAACCAUAGAGAAGUUUUUUUUUUUUUUUUUUAAUGAGAUGAGGCACAACCGUUCCGAAGUCAAAGUGUGCCGACCACUGCUCUAUUUGAUAACAUUAGUUUAUUCUCUACCAGCGCCACACCAGCGUUGAAUCUCUACUGAUAAUGGCCAUACGAGUUUAAAGCUGGCAAGAGGAGAUAACACACGUUGAGAGUUCUUUUUAUUUUACCUUCAAAAUAUUUUUUUUUUACAAUGUCUCAUUUGUUUCUGGACAUAUUGAAAUCCUUACGGAGUUUAAGGACAAGCCUUUAGAGGUAUACCUUUUUUUUUUACAGACUGUCCGUUAUUUAUGGAGCGUUGGCCAACCUGCAGUCGAGGGUUUGUUCAGUCUUCAGUUUAUCUUAACAUAAAAGAAAAAAACCCAAGGGAUUUCCAUUAUGCGUAAACGGAAACGUGACGCAGUUGUGAUCGCCUGUGUACAUCGAUGGUUGUGCAAAAUAUCCAAACGUGCACCGGUUUUAUGUGGCCCACCCUGUAUAUUUAAGAGUUGGGAGAGGCCAGUUCAGGCAUAGAAAAUGUUUGUGGACCAAGAACGUCAAGGGAUCUGUAUUCGGUUCAUUCAUAAAAAAAAAAAAUAACCCCCAUAAUUGAAUAUUCCACGUAAAAUUUCCGCUAUAUUUUAAAAAGACAAACAUAAAAAAGCUUAGCUAACAGAUUUUGUACAAAUACAAACCCAGUCAAAGUUCGAUUGCUUUUGUUGGAGGAGGGCGUUUAUGGGAGAGGGUGGGGGGCUUUUAUGGGGGAGGGUGGGGGGCUUUUAUGUGGGAGGAUGGGGGGCUUUUUGUCGAUCACAUGUUUAAAAAAAAUCAAUUAAAAAAAUUAAACUUUUAGCUAAUAUAAAUAUAAAAUACACAUUAGAUCUUAGGCGGGGCUAAAAAACAACCCACAAACCAAGUGACGUAGACACAGAUCAAUGUUCUUCACGUGUCAACAUUUCUCUGUCACGGAGCUGAAGGCUUCGAAAUGAAGUCGCCGAUUCGUCACCUUCAUCUAUUUUGGGCAGUUAUUCUGUAUGAGAUGUAUUUACAGUUAAACGUUUGUUUAAGUAAAAAAAAUACGCUUGUUAAGACUCAUAUUUUUUUUUUAUAACUUGACAUCUAGGUAAAUGUAUGCUGUCGUUGCUACUACUAAAUGUGAAAAAUAUCUUCCUAAGCAUACGAGAUAUAAUUACCCGCACCAGCCGAUGUAAAAAAACACAAAUUAAUGAAGGUUCUCAUCAAUAAAAACAUUAUUUUUAACUUUUUGAUUCAAUCAUUUCAAACCCUGUCUUAUUUCCAGGAAGAGCUUCAACAUCCAUCCCCUGGAAGGUCAUUUAAGUCUGUAACUAGAACCGCUUACCUUCCAGCAACAGACGAUGGCUAUAGAGCAUUGCGUCUUUUGAGAGUUGCCUUUCACAGACGUUUGAUUUUCACAAUAGAUGUCUCACAUACAACACGAAUGGAAGGGAUUGUUUGGAACAUUCACCACAAAACAAACCGUCAUUCAUCUGAGUAAGUAACAGAACAAUAAAAGACAUCAGAAUUGCUAAGGUUGAACUAUACUGAACUAUUAAGGGCACUAAUUUCAAUAUUAAAGGAACAAUACAGUGUAUAUUGAAACGUUUCUUAUACUUAUAUUAAUAAAAUAUACUCAUUUUUGAGCAGUACCCAGAGCUGUUUUCUAAAUUAUUUAACGUCUAUUUUUUAGGAAUGGCUACCCGGAUCCAACCUAUCUAUCGCGCUUGAUGGACGAGUUAAGGCAACAUGGAGUGACAGAGGAGUCUCUGGCAGAGGAGGAGAAAAGAUUAGUUGAAAAAUUGAUGGAAAGUCUGAGCAAAAAAAAAGAAGCAGUUUGCAGAGUUUUUUAAUCAUUUGACUAAAACAAUUUCUUAAGAUUCUGAAAGACUUAAAACCAGAAUGUUUUUAACCCUAAAUUGCACGUGUGAUGUCAUAAGAUUUUCAAAUAUUUUACCAUUACUGUUUAUGUAUAGAAUAUCAAUCAAGAAAUGUAUCAGUUGUGUUGUUUUAUGUAUGACCUGUAAUGGGGAAGUGUGCCAGCCAGUAAUGUUGUUGCAUGUAUCAGAAGUAACCAAAUUUUAAUUGUGCAAUAUUUUAUUUAAUAGACCCUAUGUUAUUCACUCUUCCUAAGGCCCAUAUUAUUCAGUCUUCAAUCUAUAUACCUCUUGUUUAUUGCAUUAAAUAUUAAAUUUGAAAUUAUGUAACUUCUUGUGUACAAAUUUAAGACAUUUGGACGUAAACCAGAAAGCCUGAGAUGGCUAGAAUCUAUUGCAGAAGAAAAUGUAGAUGUCUAGAUUUCCACUAUUAUUUAAAACAUCAGACCUACGUAUUUUCCCCCACAUGUAACAAAGUAAUCGAUAUAAUUUGAAGUCAAGGCCAUUUUAUUUGGCUUUUAAGCUUAGCAACAUUUGAAGUUGUCAUUCAGAUGUUAUUUAAACAAAAAUGCUUCCAACAUUCUAUUUGUACACACUCAUAUUACUGGAUAAAACCUGAAGAGCGACUUAGGCAGUCAAAGGUGUGUCUCCCCGUAGGGCAAGGGUCACGAACCGGCGGCUUUUUGCUCAUUCUGAUGUCGCUCUUGGAUACUGCUAGUUGCUAUAUCAAAAUUUAAUACUUGGCUCUUUGAUCCUUCUCAUGUCGCUCUCGGAUACUGCUAGUUAUUAGAUUAAAAUUUAAUACUUGGCUCUUUGAUCCUUCUCAUGUCGCUCUCGGAUACUGCUAGUUAUUAGAUUAAAAUU